ACAACGAAUGCCACGUACUGGUUGGCGUUGACAGUCUUUGAGGACACUUCCUGAUGCUGGGAACCGGGUCUAGCUAGGCUAGCUAACAUAUCUGAUUUUCACGGUUUGGGGAAACCUGUGAAACGCAGCGUGGUCAAGUCGUCUGAUUCAGUGGUGGGAGCAGAAGAGGUCAGACAGCACCAUGAACGGCCAGCUGGACCUGAGCGGGAAGCUGAUCAUCAAAGCCCAGUUGGGCGACGACAUCAGACGCAUCCCGAUCCACAACGAAGACAUCACUUAUGACGAGCUCGUGCUGAUGAUGCAGCGCGUCUUCAGGGGGAAGCUGCAGAGUAACGACGAGGUUACCAUCAAAUACAAGGACGAAGAUGAUGACCUCAUUACCAUCUUUGACAGCUCUGACCUCUCCUUCGCCAUUCAGUGCAGUAGAAUACUCAAGCUGACUUUGUUUGUGAACGGGCAGCCGCGACCUCUGGAGUCCAGUCAGGUGAAGUACCUGCGCAGGGAGCUCAUUGAGCUCAGGAAUAAAGUCAACAACCUCCUGGAUAGCCUGGAGCCCCCCACAGAGCCUGGUCUGGCUGCUACAGCACCGGACAGCGACUCAGUGGAUGGACGUGAAGGCAGAGUGGUGUUAGCGGACCACGCGCUGAAACAGGCCCCGCCUCCAGUCAGCGCGGCCAGCAUGUCGGCGUUCGACCCGUUAAAAAACCAGGACGAGGUCAGCAAGAACGUCAUCUCCGCUUUCGGCCUGAGCGAGGACCAGGCCCCAGCUCCUCCAGCGGUUGCACUAGAGGAGCGCUCGGGAACCCCUGACAGCAUUGCCUCCUCCUCGUCUGCAGCCCCUCAGCCAGUGGUGCCCCCCCAACCACAGGCUCCCUAUGCUGGAGUGCAGCAGGGACCCCCAGCUGCCAUGGAUGGUCAAGUGUAUCAGCAGUACCAGGCUCCAGGUGGAUACCCGCCUCAGCAACCAGGUGCCCCACCUCCGCAGCAGUACGGCAUGCAGUACUCUGGAUACAGCACUCAGCCCGGAGGCCCCCAGCCUGGCCCCCCGCAGCCGCAGCAGUUUCAGAGCUACGCUCCUCCCUCCUCCCAGGCUCCAGCCCCCGCUGCAGCUGCAGCUCCAGCUCCGGGCUUCCAGGGCGGCCAGCAGCAGCAGCCCCAGCAGCCCCAGCAGCCCCAGCAGCCCCAUCCAACUCAGGGAGCCCAGCAGUAUCCACCAGGAGCCUUCCCUCCCCAAAACUAUACCUCUCAGGCCACCCAGCCUGCCAACUACAGCCUCCCGCCAAGCUCCCAGCCCGGCUCCGGGUACCAACCCCGCCCAGUAUACACCCCGCCCCCAGGCAACACUGUCACCCCUCCACCGGGAGCCGCUAACCCGUACGCCCGCAACCGCCCCCCUUACGGCCAGGGCUACGCCCAGCCCGGCCCCGGGUACCGGUAAAAGAGGAUAACGGAUGUUACUGAUCCACACGGGGUACCCCCCCCCCCCCCCCCUAACCCUCCCCCUAUGUGUGGCUCUAACUGUUUUGAGUGGGUGCAGGAAACACAGGUUUACAGCUCUGCAUUCCCACACUGUCCCAUACAAAUAAGUCCAAAUAUGAAACGAGCACCCCACCCCCCCCCCACCCCCCACCCCCCCAGUCUGAUGGUUAGUUUGUAUGCUGUCUCUCCAGCACACCACUCUGCCCUGAGGCCCUGGUGUAUGCUCCUUGUGUUAUUCCCCCCCCCCCCCCCCCCCACUGUCUGCUCUUCCCUGUCGUGUCUGUAAACAUGUACUCCGUCUGUACGCACACACCUCGGAGACCAAAACAGACCGUUGGUUCUUUUCAUGGUAGCUCUUCGUAAAGCGAGUGAGAUCCACAUCCUGCAUUAGCGUCGUCGUCGGCGACGACCGCGUCGAGAUGCAUUCACAAGACACUAUCUAAAAGAAAAUUCACCCCCUUCUGUCGUUUCUUUUUUUUUUUUUUGGUUUUCGUCGAGUUUUGAUUUUUUUAAUUUUUAAUUUUCUUGAUCAAUUUCACCACCAUGUCGGUAUUAAUGAUGUGUCAAUGAAACUGCCCCAUGUUGGGAAAACUAGUUAAGUGAUGGCUCGUGGGAGGUGUAGUAUCCCAGGUGUCAUGAAGAAGGCUUCUUUUUGUUUUCGCUACUUGUGAUCAUCUCCAGCUUGCUGUUCCUCUUUAUCCUAUCACUGGUUUUUACUAAUAAAUCAAAUUCCACCCUCGAGUGAGAUUUAGUUGUUUAUGUAUAAACUGUAACAUUUUUUUUCUUGAACCUAAUAAAUGAUUGAGACCCA